AUGAUUGGGACUGCAAAGGGUCAGCAUUGUAUGGGUGGUCUCGAGGACUGGGUUCGUCCCAGUGGCUUUUCCCCUAAUGGUCUCUUGCCUAAUGAGGCUACCUCUGUAACUCAAGCACUUGAGCCAGAGAGAUGGGCAAUUGCUGAAGAGAGAACUUCAGAGCUUAUUGCUUGUAUUCAGCCCAAUCAACCAUCUGAGGAGCGGCGAAAUGCUGUUUUAGGCUAUGUUCAGCACCUUAUAAUGAAGUGCUUCCCCUGUCAGGUGUUCACCUUUGGGUCUGUGCCCCUCAAGACCUACCUACCUGAUGGAGAUAUUGAUUUAACAGUUUUUAGUGAGGACCAAAAUUUGAAGAAAACAUGGGCCAAUGAGGUGCGGGACAUCUUAAAGCAUGAGGAAAAGAGUGAGAAUGCUGAAUUCCAUGUAAAAGAGGUUCAGUAUAUCGAGGCAGAGGUGAAGAUCAUAAAGUGUCUUGUGGAAAAUAUUGUAGUAGACAUAUCCUUUGACCAGCUUGGUGGUUUGUGUACCCUUUGCUUCCUUGAGGAGGUCGACCAAUUGAUAAACCAAAACCAUCUAUUCAAGCGCAGCAUUAUAUUGAUUAAAGCUUGGUGUUACUAUGAGAGCCGCAUUUUGGGUGCUCACCAUGGCCUUAUUUCAACUUACGCUCUGGAGACAUUGGUUCUGUACAUAUUCCAUGUGUUCAAUAAUACGUUUGCUGGGCCACUUGAGGUACUCUAUCGCUUUCUGGAAUUUUUCAGUAAAUUUGACUGGGAGAGCUUUUGCGUUAGCCUCUGGGGUCCAGUUCCAAUUAGUGCACUUCCUGAUAUGACUGCACUCUCUCCACGAAAGGAUGACGGACAGAUACUCCUCAGCAAAUUGUUUCUAGAUGUCUGCAGCUCUGUGUAUGCGGUCUUCCCUAGCCGGCAGGAAAAUCAGGAGCAGUCCUUUGUUUCGAAAUAUUUUAAUGUCAUUGAUCCUUUGCGUGCAAAUAACAAUCUUGGGCGUAGUGUCAGUAAGGGUAACUUCUUUAGGAUUCGUAGUGCUUUUGCUUUUGGAGCUCAACGUCUGGCCAGAUUACUUGACUGUCCAAAAGAGAAUCUGCUUGCUGAAUUCAACCAGUUUUUCUUGAACACAUGGGACAGGCACGGAAAAGGUCAUCGCCCUGAUGCUCCAAGUCUCAAUCACAUUGUUCAGCGCCCAAUCAAGUCAAAUAUAAUUGAUGGUUCUGAGACUUUCAGAAAUUAUUCAAGCAGAAAGAAGACAAAAGAGGAUCAUUCUGGUAAUCAAUCUAAGGUUGGGGUGACUCAUGCUGAUGCAUCUGAUGGUGUUUCCUCCCAGCAUGGUAACCACAAUCUAAAACGAACACCCAGGCCUGGUAAUAUAUCAGCUGUUUCUGGUACUCCAGGCCAGAAAAUGCAAGCCAACUUGACUAACUCGACGGCGUUGCAUCAGAAUAAUCAAACUUUAAGAUUCAAUAAUUUGAAUGAGAAUGCACAUAAUGAAAAGACGACGAGUUCCGGAACAGAUUACUUGGGGAAUGAAGUUCAUGCUAGGUAUCAAUUUGCGAGGACUCAAUCCAGUCCGGAACUAACAGAUACAUCCAGUGAAGUCCAGUCUCGAGGGAGGCAUAACAGGACAUCAGAGACAGCAAAUGGCCAGAAUUCUUCUGCAAGGUCACAAAAUAGCAGGAGGAGAAAUUUGAUUCCUGAGGUUUUGGAUAACCAUGGUGCAAGAUUUUCAACUGAAGACUCACUAUCUUCAAGGCAUAGCUCAUCCCAUCAAAGCAUUGAUGCUGCUGUUGAUUCAAUUAGUGCUUCAAAUAGCUGUUUUGGUGAUUCUGGUGAAGGAACCAUGGAAGACCACCUUUCUCUCUCAGAAACAAUGCAGUUGCAUCAAGAAGAGCAAGAUCGCGUUAACAUGGCAUCUUUCAGUGGUUAUAGUGUCAAUGAACAGAGUCAGAUGCCUGUGAACUUAGCUUCCGGUCAACCACCUUUUGCAAUACCACCUUCCGUAUUAGCUUCCCUUGGAUAUGCUCAAAAACAUAUGACUGGCACAGUUCCCAUAAAUGCUCCUUUUGAGUCCACUUGGAUGUCAAACAUGCACUAUACUCAAGGUUUUAUUCCAUAUCCAGUUUCCCAAUAUUUUCCAAGCAUGGGGAUGACCUCAGAUCAAGAAGUGACGAUCGAAAAGGUUAAUGCUAAAUUGGCAUCUAUAGAGUUGAGUCAAGAGGAGAGCGAUCAUGGUUUCUGGUCCAAGCCAGAUGCAGUUUCUCUACGACAUCAACAGAAGAACAGAAGCUCCCAAUCUCGACCGCAGGAGCAUAGGCAUCCAUUUGCUUCUCAUGAGUCUAACCAUGUCCAUUCAUCUCGUGUAAGUAGCCCUGGCAGUUUCUCACCAAGGGAUCAUGGAUUAAAUCCAGAGGACAGAGGUCUCGUUAGGGAAAAUUACAGUAACGAUGCUCAACAUCAAAUACCUAGAGAGUCUGAUGCUUAUUCGUCAGCCAGCUUAAGAUUUGUUCCUUCUUCACAAGCAUCUUCCUCAGGAAGCAAAUCUGAAGAUAAUGGUGAUGGAUCACUUUUAAGGACUUAUAAGUCAACCAAGGAUCGGCAGGGAAAGAAAUCUGUUCCUUCUAUGGAUCCUUCUCUUGCAUAUGGGAUGGAUAAGAAUGAAAUGCAACAUGAAGACGAAUCAGUUGAACUCAUAUCUUCGCAGCCGGAUGAUGACAAACGAGAGUGGAUUUCGCUUUCAACAGUAGGCACUGAACUAUCAGAAAGCCUGGUUUCUGGUGUUGGUGCUUCUUCACAUGUUUGGACUCAUCAAAUACCUAGUUAUGAUCCAGCAUCCGUGAGCAGAUCAAAUUCAAUGCUUCCAGUUGCUCCGAUGUUUGUGGGUCCUGAAUCACAGCAGAGAACUAACGAUAACCAUGGAGCACUACCCUUUGCAUUUUAUCCCACAGGACCUCCGGUGCCUUUUCUAGCUAUUCCAGUAUACAAUCUUCCACCCGAAGCAGGAACUUCUAAAAUGUCCACCAGAAAAUUCGAUAGGGAUGAAGACUUUGAUAACUCUCAAAACAAUCAAUCGAAUCAAAGUUUGGAUUCAUCUGAGAAUGUUGACCGGUCAGAGAUUUUAAAUACUUUUACAUCUGUGAAUAAUGCUUCUUCCUCGGUGCAUUCUGAAUGGCGCAGAUCUGACAUUUUGAAUAGUGAUUUUGCCAGCCACUGGCAGAAUCUACAAUAUGGGCGGUUUUGCCAGAAUGCUCGAAAUAAUGAUUCCUUGCCCCAUCCAACUCCUGUUGUAGGACCUGAUAUGUAUUUGCAGGAACAUUUUCCAUGGGAUGGUCCUGGAAGACCUUCUGCAAACAUGAACCUCUUCACUCAACAUAUUAAUGGUCCUCAUCUUAUCCCUGUCUCUCCUGUCCCACCAGGAUCUAGUAGGCAAGCGGGCUUUUAUCAACAUUAUGCUGAUGAUAUUCCUAGAUACCGUGCUGGAACUGGAACCUACCUGCCCAAUCCGAAAAUAUCUUAUAGGGAUCGACAAUCUUCCAAUACUAGAAACCACAGAGGAAAUUACAACUAUGACAGGAAGGACCACCAUGAUGAUAGGGAAGGAAACUGGAAUAACAACUCAAGACCACGAUUUGGUGCUCGCAGCCAAAGUCAGAACCAAGGUGAGAAGCCAUUCAGGAUGGAUAGAAGUACAGGAAAUAAUCGUCGUUCUGACAGGUCAUGGAACUCAAAGCAAGAUUCUCUUCCACCAUACCAUCCCCGCAAUGGUUCGUUUAGUUUCUCGAACUCCACAAACCGUGGUUCUACCAAUGUGGCAUAUAGCGUGUAUCCACCAGUACCAGUUGAGAAUCCUAGUGGAGUUUCUGCAUCUGUAGUUAUGCUUUAUCCAUAUGACCAAAACAUGGGCUACAGUUCUCCCGGUGAGCAUCUAGAAUUUGGGUCCCUUGGACCGGCUCAUUUCACAGGUGGUGAUAAGGCUUCACCACAUCUUGGCGAAGAAUCAUCAAGGAGCAUCAAUGAACAACAAGAUAUUCAAAGAGAUUCUGAUCUUUCUUCUCCAGAUCAGCCAUCCUCACCCUGGCUAGAUCAGCGCCAGAUGCAGUCACAGAAAGCAGAUUUUCCUCUUACGUAUAUGAACCAGGCUGAUGAUGUGGAUGGGAAGGAAGGGGGACUGCACAGGUAA